AUGUCCGAAUACAAGAGAGGCAAAUUCAGCGACGUCUCUGUGGCAUCGACCGACCACAUCAAUUCAGAUCUCGGGAGUCACAAAAGCAGAGGUCAGGCUAGCCCGGCGACUAUAUCACAACCCGAUGAUAGUUCGCGAUCCCCAAUUGCCGAAAUAGUCGCUUCACGCAACAAUGAUCUACAUUGCUCGCCCGAUCAAGAAUACUCAGAUCGACCCGAUCAGAGCGCGUCUCAAAACCUGCAGUGCAACGAUACAAUCCACACAAAUAUGGGUAGUGAAGCUCUAUUGCCUGAUGGGCAGCUGCAGCCGUUCACUCGGGAUAUCGGACGCUCUUCUCGAAAUUCGCCUGAGCCAGCCCACACGGAUCAAGAAGGGCAUUACGUGGGGCCUGCCUCCGGAGUGUCGUUUCUGGCGCGUGCUUUGAAAAGGCUCCGGCACGCUGGUCCCUCUGCCUCAAAGGCACAUCAGCCUUGCAUGUUCAACUUCGCGGACUCCCCUGUCCCCCAUUAUGAUCCUUACUUUUUGAUUUUGCCCAGUCAAACAGCAGCCCAAUCGUUAGUUCGCCGCUACUUCGAUUUUGCCUCUCCAACCCAUAGAUAUCUACAUCAGCCGACAGUGGAAAAAUGGUGUGAUGAAUUUUAUCACAGUGUGAAAAAUCCUGGACCCCUUGCCCCUGGUGGACAUGAGAAACGAGCCAUCAUACUUGGGGUCCUAGCUGUAGCUAAUCAGUACAGCUCCAAUCAAGAUCUGGGCUCCCCUGACGUUGUCAAUAGAGUGAACAGUGCUUGGAGUUUGUUUGGAACUGUCGCAAAUCUUGUCCUAGCCAUCGGACUGCACCGCCGUCAUAAACGAGAUGCAAAUUUUGAAACAGAUUUCAUUGAACAAGAGUGUAGAAAACGAGUCUUCUGGAGUGCAUAUACCCUUGAUAGCUAUCUCGGCGUCGGCCUAGGUCGACCCCGAAGCUUUCAUGAGGAAGACAUUGACCAGGUAGGAGUUUAG